GACUUCUGUUCACCGACUCGACUUUCUUGCCUUGUUGUCAGUUCAAUCCUCUCGUUCUGGGUUGGGUGUUUUGCUUCGUUCAUCUGUUCCUGGCGGGGACACUUUACAGCCAUUAUGGCGUCUUUCCUUCGCUGAUUCUUUGCCUGCAAUCCGCGUUGUUUACAUGAUCUUGAAACCAGCCGGCUCCCCGAAGCCUGCCCUCUCCCACCCCAGCCCUGCCUGACUGGCCGACAAAACAUGUUCUCUUCGUUAUUGCGUCCUGCGCGCAGUCGACAACCUCGCAACCGUUCACCUUUCUCCUCCUCAUAUGCCCCUACUGCUCGCUCUCCAGACACGUCACGUAUCAGCACCUAUCGCACCAGAACACAGUCCGAAGAACGAGGACGCAGCAACCUGGCUCAGGACGACGAACACAUCUCGGACAUUGAAGAAGAGGAGGAGGAUGAUGAUCACGACGACGAUAACGAGGAUGAGGAUCUGUUCGAGGAGGUAGAGGACGAGGAUCACAUGUUAGAUGGCUUCGACGAGGAUGAGGCCGCGGAUACUGCACCACUGCUCCCCAUCUUCUCAGCCGCACACCUUGAUGCAAUACCUGUAUUUUCACUCACUCACGCGAUUCGGAUAUUGGUCACUUCUCGCUGCGACACGGUUCUUAGCUGGGAGCAACUACGAUCGCCGCAGGUCUCGCAGUUUCUGCUGAAGCCGGUCGAGCAGGAGAUCCGCAAGAACCAUCUCAAUGCUGCCACCCAUUACGCUCUCAUGGCAAAUUGCCUGCAGUAUGGCAAGGAAGCAGCGGUAUUCCCUGGGAACAGCGGCACCAACAAAACCCGAGGAAUGGUCUGCGAGCUUCUUGCUAUCAGGCUGCUCAAGGACUAUUCCACUCGCGACUUGAUAGAUGCUCUGUCUUAUGACUUUGAUCCUCUGCAAGGUCACCUAGAGGCUAUGAGACAAGAUGGCGAAGUGAGACGUGAGGCUGCUAUCUCGACGAAACAUCCCCAGCGUCCAGCCAGAAUAUCCUGCUUCGAGAUCGCCAUCCGUGCACAAGCCAAAAAGUUCCUCUCCCAUCCCACAGUUGUAAGGCAACUUGAAGCCAUCUGGGCUGGCACCAUUGUGUUCCAUUCGGCCGCCGACAACUUGCACCGAAAACUUCCAUUUCAGCGGCAAUUCAUAAGCUAUGGAACCAACGAGGUUGACGGGGGCCCGAAACACAGGUCUCUUAGCUUUAACAAGGCAACACCUCGCCGAGCCGUCACGCUCUAUAACCCACGAGAUGCCUCACUAUUCAAGCUUUCCCGUUUACGAGUUCCGCGUUACAGAAACAUCUUGUCCACAAUGUCCUUUGCGGUCUUGUUGAGCCUUUUCGUCGCCGUACUGGUUCAACGCUCCUUGGAGAUAACCACGCUCGAGGUUAUUUUCUGGUUUUGGGCCGCUGGGUAUAUGCUUGACGAGAUUGUGGGCUUCAAUGAACAAGGAUUCAGUCUAUACCUGGCCAGUUUCUGGAACGUCUUCGAUCUCGGCAUUCUACUGAUCUUGUUUGUCCACCUAGCUUUGAGGAUAUAUGGAAUCGUCAUGCCGGAUGUCAAGAAGCACACCGUAGCAAACAUGGCCUACGAUGUCCUUGCCGCCGACGCAAUCCUCUUGUUUCCCCGACUAUUUUCGGUCCUCGACCAUUACCGAUAUUUUUCGCCGCUGCUAAUAGCCUUCCGCUAUAUGGCCACUGACCUCGUUGCAGUAUCUCUGCUCAUUGUCAUAAGCUGCAGUGGCUUUUUUGUCGCCUUGACAUUAUCCUUUGGUGAUGACGGAAUUGACUCUCCAAGCUCGGUAGCCUAUGCUCUUUUGCAAAUGCUCAUGGGUUUCACUCCAGCAGCCUGGGACAGAUGGUCUGGUUACAACGUCCUCGGGAAAACGAUCCUGACGUUGUUUCUGUUCAUCUGUCAUUUCCUUGUGGUUACGAUUUUAAUCACUGUACUGACAAACUCCUUCAUGGCCAUUGUGCAGAAUGCCAACGAAGAACAUCAAUUUCUCUUCGCUGUCAAUACGAUAUCACACGUCAAGUCGGAUGCAUUGUUCUCAUAUGUAGCGCCAACAAACAUCCUUCAGUGGCUGCUGGUUCCUCUCCGAUAUUGUGUCCCAUUUCGGCAAUACGUGAAGAUCAACCGGACGAUGAUCAAGCUCACUCACUUCCCCGUCUUGUUCACCAUCUUUACGUACGAGAAAACCGUGCUGCAGUCCACAGUAUUCGACAGCAUCGAUCUCGUUGAACGUCGAGGUCGCAAGCGGACUACUGCCAAGUUUAGUCGCCUCCAUCGAGCGCCGUCAAUUGCGACUUUCCGACAGGACAAGGCUCUGGAAGAAGUCUUCAGGCGACCCUUCGACAGUACGAUGCGCGGUGAACGAAAUCGUCGAAAAGCAAGCAAUGUUGUCAACAGCUGGAUGAAUAGUAUGGGCGAUGAUGGAGCGGGCCCGCCACAGGAACAGGACAGGCGGAUAGUUGACAAACUGGAGGCCAGGGCAAACAGGUCGAGGCUGUUGCCUCCGCUCGCUCGUGCUCGCACAUUUUCCCGACGCACCAUGUCGGCGAUGUCUGAUCCCGAAGACUUUGCGACAAACGCAGACCAUUUCUCAGGCGAUGAUAAUAACGCCGUCAAGGAUCACCCGAAUUCAUCCCCUAUGAAUCGGCCCGCCCCUCUCCCGGAUGCUGACGAUGCUGACGGGGACGACGAAUUACCCACGAAUGACGAAGGGGACGAAGACGAGACAACGACAUUCGACCAUCGGUCUCCGAAUCCCAAACCACGAGCACUACAGCUCGAUGAUGAAGUGCAGCAUCGUGAGUACUUUUCCAGUAGACCAGUAUCGGGCAUUGCCACCCCGCAAUCAGCCGUACCGUCAUCUAUACAGCGCACAAGACAUCGUGGAACAGGGCCAGGAAGAAACUCUCCAGUGCAACCAUUACAGAAACAUCGCCCUCGUCAACAUUCACGCAAAGUGUCGUCUGCGACCAUGAUCUUUAAACCGAUGAACGAUACCAGCACUGAACAGUCAUCAUCAGCAGGGCACACAAUUGCUGUACGCAAUCAACCUGAUGGACCCCAGCCAGCUUCCGGAGCUCGUACACCAACAUCAAAAACCGUAUCAAGCGGCACAGGCCAACGAUCCCCAAAGCGACCCACGGUAGGGCCUCACCGCAUGCGACCUACUCUCCCUACCAAGGAUGAUCCAGCAUUCCGCUCAGCACCAAAUCUGUCCCUCUUAUUGGAAAGCAAGGCAAGAGCUAAUGCCGUACGACGCAGACCGUCGCUAGAGAUGGACCUGGUCUCGGACAUUGGUGACAAUCGGGCCAUUGGAGGUGGAUACGUCGGUGCUCUUCCGGCGUCAUUUGCUGCUCAGAUGGAGAAAGGAGCGGCAGAAUCUCGCCAUCUCCGAGCUCAAAAGCAGGAGCAAGAGAGGUUCACUAAGAUCAUGAUGGCUCGGAUGAAUAGCCUCGAGGAAGGCUUUAGGGAAGUCAUUCACGAAAUGCGCGACCACAUGAAAAAGGAGGAGAGGAGUAGAAGCCGAGAAAGAGACCCUAGACCAAAUACCAGGCAGAAGAGAGUCAAGGGGAAGGAAGCAUAUCGACCAGCAACAGCGGGAGGGGACAAGGAGAAUGUCAGUCCCGACACGGAGCAGAUGCAGGAAGAGGUGGACAUGAAUCACGCCAAGACGAAAGAUGAAAUCUCAAGAGCCAUUGACGUGGGAGGCACGGCGGUCGAGAGGCCAGUGUCUCGCUGACGGCAUUUUUAGCAUGAAUGGAUCUUUGUGACUAAGUUAGGGUAUGAUGUCGGGUGUUUGUACAGUAUUUCAAGCGCAGGAGUUGUUUUGUGCAUAGCAUUUAAUAUGGCGAAACCUCUGGUCGGCUCGAGCAAUAUAGAGCCUUUAUGUAUAGGGUGAUGGUUAAUGGAUAAUUGCUAAUUGAUAAUCGAUGAUCGAUGAUCGAGG